GCGUCUUUUUGUCUUCCUCUUUGGACCUACGUCUCCUCAGCUACAAUGGUGAGCCGAAGAUGUUCUCGUCCUAAUCCACACCAAUCUAAAUAAUCCAAGGCGAAUAAUGGCUAAGCGCACCAAGAAGGUGGGGAUCGUGGGUAAAUAUGGCACGCGUUACGGCGCGUCGCUCAGGAAGAUGGUGAAGAAGAUUGAGAUCAGCCAGCACGCAAAGUACACCUGCUCCUUCUGUGGCAAGACUAAGAUGAAGAGGAGGGCUGUUGGUAUCUGGCACUGUGGGUCCUGCAUGAAGACUGUUGCUGGAGGUGCCUGGACAUACAACACGACGUCUGCAGUCACAGUGAAGUCGGCCAUCAGGAGACUGAAGGAGCUGAAAGACCAGUAGAAGGUUACUGGAGGAUCAGACCGUCACCUGUUGGGAACCGUUUCUAUCCGAGCUAGACGCUGCCUCAUGUCAAACAUCCACCACAAUAAAAAGCAGUCAAGAGGAA